UCGCCUGCCGCCAGUCAGUCCCCGCGCGGAUGACGGCGGAAUGAGGCUCCUUGUCCUGUUCCUGCUUUUUAUGGUCGAGGUGUGCGUGCAGAGCGCAGUCGCACCCUCGCACCUGCAGCACCUUCUGUCUUCCCGCAUCGUCGGCGGCGAAGAUGCGGUCCAAGGGGAAUUCCCGUUCCAGGUGUCGAUUGAGCACGUCGGCAUCUUGGGUCGCAACCACAUCUGCGGAGGCAUCGUGUUGUCUGCGACUGACGUCUUGACUGCCGCUCAUUGCAUAUCCCGGUUUUCAGAACACAAUAUUGACAUAGUCGCAGGGAUAAACCGUCUCAGUGAUACUUCAAGCAACAGACAAACGGUAGAAGCUGUUCAUUUUAUUAUCCAUGAGGAUUUCAACGACAUUACCAUGGGAAGUGACAUCGCAAUUAUCAGGCUCAAGCACGCCCUCGAGCUGAACGAGUGGGUGCAGCCCGUGGUCAUGCCCAAGACCGGCGAGACAGCCCAAGAGGGGGAGAUGUGCACGGUGGUGGGCUGGGGCGCCACCUUCGAGGAUGGCGACCUCAGCGAUGUCCUGCAGAAGGUGUCCGUCCCGAUCCAGUCGGACAGCUACUGCCGCUCCGCCUACGGCUACUCAGCGGUGGAGGACUCCAUGCUGUGCGCCGGCAGUCCCGAGGGCGGCGCGGAUGCCUGCGACGGCGACCGCGGCGGCCCGAUGCUCUGCCGGGGACACCUGCACGGCAUCUCCUCCUGGGGCGAGGGCUGCGGCCACUCCUUCUACCCCGGCGUCUACACGGAGGUCUCGGCGUUCCUGCACUGGGUCUUGCAGCACAUGCAUGGCAACGCGGAGCAAAUAUAGGGCCUUUCGGGGCUGAAGCUUCCACUGGUGUUCCUUGGGGUGCUCUUCUGCUCUUGGGCGUCUGGACGGGAAUUACUCUAUCGAAACUACUUUUGAUUUGAA